AUGACCGCCGCAACAAGCAGACCUACUGGCGAGCCUGCAGGCAGUCACGCCUGGACGCUGCAAUACCUGCGUCUACGUCUCAUUGCCAAUGUCCUCUUUUGUCUCCUUCGACCUCUCGCUCUGAUCGGCUACUAUUUCCGCUCCUACAACGAGCACGUUCCAUCCGGAGCAGUGUCGCGUCGAACGAUUUACAUUCGCGCACCUUCCACCCGUCGACGAUUGCCCAUCAUCAUCUACACGCCUACAGGCGUCUCCAAGCCUCGCGGUACCAUACUGAAUUGGCACGGCUCCGGUUUCGUCUUGCCCAAUCACGGCUUGGAUUCGCUCUUCUGUUCCCACAUGGCCGCACGACUAGAGUGCACCGUGCUAGACGUCGACUAUGUCAAAGCUCCCAAAUGGCCCUUUCCCUGGGCAGUGCGCGAAGUGAGCGACGUGCUGAGUUGGUUUUUCGAGCGCGCAAAGGUGGAACAGGGACUGGAUACGGAUUACGUAGCCUUGAGCGGAUUCUCCGCCGGCGGCAAUCUCUCCUUGGUCGGCAGCACGCUCUUCACCAAGCAGGCAGACGCGCAGGAGGAUAGGAUUCAAGCCAUCGCUUGCUUCUAUCCCGUCACCGAUUUCACCAAGCCCGACGGCUCCAAAUCCGCCCCAGGUGGCAAACCUCCCAGUCUGCUCGUACGUCUAUUCAAAUUUUUCAGCCAAUCUUAUAUUCCCAAGGGCACCAACGUGCGCGAUCCUCGUCUAAGCGUUCUGUUGGCCCCCUCCGAAAGCUUUCCAAAGAGGGUGUGGAUCGCAGCAGGCGAUCUGGAUACGCUGUACACUGACGGACAAGACCUGAUCAACAAGCUCAACAAGGAGCGUCCCUCUUCCGCUCAAGAUGAGCAAGUGCGCGCUACGUUUAUCACCGCCACGCAGAGAAAACAUGGAUGGGAUCAGGAACCUAAUACAAAGAGCAAAAAGGAGGGAGCAAAGUACUACGAACUCGUGGUGGAUGAGAUCAGAGAGGCUUGGAGGUUAAAGGCGCAAGGCAGUCGAUCUAGCUCCGACGGUCAGCCCGUCAGUGCAGCCAACGCCGCCAACGCCGCCAUCAAGGGCAAAUUAUAG